AUGCCCGAAACAAAUAAAGUUCAUAUUUUUGGGGGUCUAUGGCUACCAGACCCCGACCGUGAGCUACCCAGACAGGAGUUGUUAUAUGUGAGAAAGUUACUUAACCUCAUUCAACGUGCUGGAGAGCAACAGUUGGAAGAGGCAAAAGGACUCAAAGGCAAGAUAUCAGCCAUCCAAUACACGCCGGCCCAAAAUAAUCACAAAGCAGACUUACAAAAUUUUCCUGAGUGGAAUCUGAUCGAAGCUUUUGAGAUUUUCAGAAAGAAAGAAGUCGGUUGGUGGAAAGAACGAGGCGUCAUCCGACCUGGAGAAUACUUGGUUCGCCCUAGUGGCCACACGAAUGCUGCUGUUGCUUGUCACUUAUACAACCCCACUUUCAGUGUUAAUGACCCUCUUGAUGGAGAAACCGAAGAUUUGACAAACCCUUCAGUCGCCCAGCUAAACAGAGCCGGGUUUUCGACCAGAAAUAACUGUUUGCUUUUCGAUCAUCUUGCACGCAGAGAUAUCAGCAGACACUGCAAAGAGAUUUAUCCAGAAGAUCUCUUUGAUAUCCAUGAAGAAUUCACCUUUGCGCUUCGGGCAGCGAUGAAGGCGAAGGUUGAGAUUUGCUGGGGCGCUAACGUUCGCCAACGGAUGCUUAAAAAGCUUGAUCUGGAACCGCUUCGCCUUUGGGGUGAUUUUACAGGCUUGACUCUAUACCUAGAGCUAACAUCAGACAAGAAGAAUUGGAAGCGCUUUGUCAUUUUUGUCGCCCACCCUCAGCGUUUCAUGUAUGUGAAGAGUGAUGGGGAAAGGGCUCAAGCUUGGCGUCGCCGAUUCGGAGCAUCGCAAGAUCGAGCGUUGACCCUUGCUGCUGAAUUAAGUGGCAUACAAAUUUCACCAAAUUUCUAUGAGUUGGAUGUCAGAUUGCCUCAAAACAUAUGUGUCCCACGCCGAACAAGUGCUAGGAAGAACGCUUGGAAAGGCCAAGCUGUAGCCCAGUUGAAGGAAGUCUUUCCCGAUGCCAUUCUUUCAACAGAAUCAUCGCAUAGAAUCCGAGCCACAAAGGAAGAUAAGGCAGCACUUCUGAAAGUAUUGGGUGUCCUGGGUAAAUUUGAGCCUAGCAGGGUUAGCCAGACGGUGAAUGGACCCCGUGCUACAGAUGACAAGACCUUGAGGAAUCUCCGAUCUCAGAAGAUAGUGAAUUUUUGGCAUGGCCUGAAGAACCUCGCAUACGCGUUUAUACCGAACGCCGAUACCAACACUUAUUGUUUGCGAACAAUCAACGCACACACGAUCAGCUAUCUUUCGGACAAGCUGCCAGCAGAGCUUCAGAGGUCCGAUUGCUGGGAUUGGGAGGACCUCCCAGCGUCGUUGGUGGAGUUCAUACAAGUACAAGAUGGACUGAAAUUCAACAAACGCAAAAUAAUGUGUCGAACUGAUCUUGAAGUUGCGUUCUAUCUCCUCCAGAGAUGUGAAGGCAAUCCUGAAGUAUUGGACAUACUCACACUCGCAUUUGCGGUGUUGGCUGCUUACGGCUGGAUGAUUACUCGUCCAAGAAAGCCUCUUAUCGAUAACAUGCUUGUCCUCCGCGAGUCUCCGAAUGAUGUUAUCGCCCGGAAAUGCUCUGGAUGCAAGAGGGAACAAUUGGACGAUCCUUUUGCCUACUGGUCAAAGUCUGACCCUGAUUGUUACGCUCUUUGGUACUAUUUCAGAUCUAAUUGUGGUCGGCCAGAAUGCACAACGCAAAACGUCAGCCUUUUACCGCUUGAUAAUCUGAUAAGGUAUUCGCGCGCUACGCAUAGCGGUCUAGAGGCAAAACGGCUGGACCGAUUCGAAAGGUGGUUUCUGCUUCACCCAGAGGAAUACGGAGUACUCCCCGGCCAGCUCAAAGUCAAGUGCCAAGGUGAAGGCUGCCAGGAAACAAGAUUAGUUAAGUCGCGGUGGACCGCUCAUGCAACACCGAGGUUUGUGGUAGCCGUGCACAAAUGCGCCAAGUCUCUCAAAAGAACAAAUUGGGUCCCUUCUGGUUACCCGACUGUCCAUGCUGGAACCCUCAGCGUGCUUUGGAAAAGAUUUCACGAACACCCAGGUUUCGAAAUUACCGAAUACCCACGCAGACCUGACAUUUACUUUAAUACAAGUCUCAGUAUUGCUGGCCGAAUCGCUUCUUUGAUAGAAGCCCAAAGGCUACUUGAGAACAGGUCAAAUAAUCGGAAGAGGAAGGCUAGUGAGAUGACAGUAGCUGAGGCGAGGUAA